UCGGGAAAAAUGCCGAAGCAUUACAGACCUCCUGGAAAGAAAAGGGAAGGAAGUACAUCCAAAUACAUUACAAGAACAAAAGCAAUUAGACAUUUGCAAGUUACUUUACCUGUAUUCAGGAAAAUAUGCAUUCUGAAGGGAGUUUUUCCACGAGAGCCGAAGAAGAAGUUUGAAGGAAACCAUAAGACUUAUUAUGAUGUUAAGGAUAUUAGCAUCAUUCAGCAUGAUCCGCUAAUCCAGAUUCUUCGAGAAAACAAAAUAUAUGAAGACAAAAUAAAGAAAGCAGUGGCAAAGAAGAACAAUCUUCGUGCUGAGCUCUUGAUGUCAAGAAAACCGAGUUACAAUCUUGAUAGAGUUAUCAAAGAAAGGUAUCCUACUUUCAUUGAUGCACUUAGGGAUUUAGAUGAUUGUCUUACUAUGGUGCACUUAUUUGCUGCUUUACCCGCUGUUGAGAGUGAACAUAUUCAAGUAAAGCGUAUCCACAACUGUCAAAGGUUGAGCCAUGAAUGGCAGGCAUACGUCUCCAGAACAAAUAGGCUAAGAAAAAGCUUUAUAUGUGUGAAAGGGAUAUAUUACCAGGUCGAGGUUGAGGGGCAAAAAAUUACUUGGUUAACUCCUCAUGCGUUACAGCAAGUAAUUACUGAUGAUGUCGACUUUAAGGUCAUGUUAACCUUUUUGGAAUUCUACGAGACUCUCCUUGCCUUUAUCAAUUGCAGACUGUAUCGUUCAAUAAAUGUGAAUUAUCCACCUACUCUUGAUCCUCGUCUAGAAGCUAUUGGAGCAGAGCAGUACGCGUUGUCCAAGUACAUUGCUGCUAACUCAAGGGCCUCUCUGCUAGAAUCUCAGGUUGGGAAGGAAGCGACAGAAAUUGAGGAGUCUGAACUUCGACUAGCUCAGCUACAGCAUCAGCUUCCUGCAAAUGCACCAGGUGCGCUGAUGCAACUUGUUGAGGGCACUACUGCGGAAGAUAAAGAGGAUGAUGAAACAAGGGAAUGUAAAAUGCUCUUUAAAGAUUUGAAGAUUUUCUUAAGUCGCGAGGUACCCAGAGAGUCCAUAUGUUUUGUGAUUCCAGCCUUUGGAGGUGCAGUUUCCUGGGAGGGAAAAGGAUCUCCAUUCAAGGAAACUGAUGAUGGAAUCACACAUCAGAUCGUUGAUAGGCCAACACAAGGUCAUAUCUUGCUCUCCAGGGAAUAUGUUCAGCCUCAAUGGAUUUAUGAUUGUGUGAAUGCACGAGUUGUUUUACCAACAGAUGGAUACUUGGUGGGAAGGGCACCUCCUCCACAUUUGUCACCUUUUGUUGAUAACAAGGGAGAGGGUUAUGUUCCUGAGUAUACUGAGACAAUUGAACACCUAAAAGCUGCAGCAAAAAAAGAAGUAUUGCCUACGCCAGGAUUCGAAAUUGAGAAUCUGGAUGAUCCUCAGAGGUUGCUGUCUGAAGGAAUUAUCAGUCGAACAGAAGAUAUUGAAACUGCAGAAAGGAAGCUCAAGAUGGAUAAGCUUGAAAUGCGGUAUCACACAGAACUGAAGUCAGAGCUUGAAAGAGUGCCAUAUCCUGCUGCUAGUCCGACGAAGUAUGUGGACAGUAUCGAUGAGAAGAUGAAAAUAAAUCAGCGUGCAGCUGAGCAAUCCACGAUGGAUGCUCUCGUCAUGGACGAAAUUAUGCAGAGUCGCAAGCAGAGGGAGUUGGGCAAAGCGAUAAAGAUAGGCCAGGAAAAGAAGAAGGCUUAUGUUGCUCUUCUCAAGGAAAGGAAAAGGAAUGCCAGCAAAUCCACCUGAUUGUGUUACUUAUUAAGAAACCUGUUUUGAGGCAUACCAAUUUGUUUUGAGGCAUACUCAAUGCUUACCCUAACUAGUGUAGGUUGAUAAGGGGUGUCUAAAGCUAGUUAAAAUACUUAGAUAACUUUGAUUAAUUAAUUAAUUUACUUAUUUAAUUAAUUUAUUUUUUUA